AUGGCCAAGAACAUAGCCAAAAAUACGGCAAAGGCUAAGGUGAAGAAAGAGAGCAAGAAUGUGCAGGGCCAUAUUCGAGCUCGACUGGACUACCUUCACAAAGCGGCUGUUUAUCUGCAAAACGCGCAACAGAACACAGCCCACCAAGUGAACGACGAAAAGACUGGCCACUCAACUUCUGCUCAAGAUACACACAACACUUCAACUGAAGAGAAGAUUACUCAGGAAACUUCUAGCGCCAAAAAGAUCAAAGAACCCAUGAACAACCUCUCAAGAGUAUGCGUAUCUCACCUACGUGGGGUCGCAUUGAAGACUCAAAUCCGACUGCCCAUCGCGCUGAAGAGAUCUGUUUGCAAGCGCUGCGAUACUUUCCUUGCGCCCGGGGUGAAUUGCUCACAUGAGAUCGAAAAUGCAAGUCGCGGCGGCAAAAAGCCAUGGGCCGACGUACUGGUUGUCCGCUGCUUCGAGUGCGGGACCGUGAAGCGUUUCCCUCAGAUGGACAAGCGUGGGAAAAAGCUCGUACAGCGUCGCGAGGAAGCAGCAUUACAGCAUGAAGCUACUGCUGCAAAUGCUGAUGUCGUCGAGGCGGCGACAUGA